AUGGGUCUCCUUGAAGAUAGCACUCCAAGAUGUGAAGGAAUGGGAUUGAUUAUCCUCAUCAUUAACUUCCUCUUCCCAGGUUUCGGUACUAUCAUUGCUGCUUUCAUCACCUCUGAGAAGGAGAAGAUGCAACCAACUUUGAUUGUUGGUAUUUUGCAACUCUUCUUGUCUUGGCUCUUGAUUGAACGUGAGCACCAAUUUUCAUCCGAUCCUCAAGCAGUUGUCAACGACGAGAACGCUCCUCCUGUCAAGAAAGCAUUGUCACAGACUUUCAAUCCUUCCCAAAAAACAUCCCAAGCAAGAAAAAGUUCAGUCUUACAACCACUCAACAGAAAUGUCCAAGAAAUUCCCCCUUCCAACUCGGAGCCAAAAGUUUCCAAAGUGCCUCCUCUCAAGAGAACGAAUUCAGCAAGCAACAUUCCCUCUCAAAGCAUUUCAAGAGCACACCAUGAGUCUGCAAAGAAAAUUAAUCUAACCAAACUAAAAGGAGCUUCUUCGUAUAGGAAAAGACCACUUGUUGAAAAGACCAUCAUGUACAAAACCUUAGAAGAAAUUGCCACAUCCUCUGUGCCAAAAUUCCAUCUUCACAAAAAGACCCAUCUCUUAAAAUCCAUCCACGACAAUAUUUUCGGUAGUGAAACGUUUUUUAAAACACCGUUCGGGUUGGACAAGUUUUUACCUUUCGUCUACUGUGACACCGUGCAGGAGGGAAAACCACUCAAAUUUAUUGAGGACUACUUGCACGAACAAGUUUUGCCCACAUUUGGAAAUCCAAACGCCCGUACAAACUCAUUCUUAUCCUAUCAGUCAAGUCAAUUUGUCACAGACGCAAGAGCAAUGAUAGCCAAAAGUUUGAACGCUAAUAUUGAGAAUAUUUCAAAUGAAACAAAACCAAGUGACACAGAUGCCAUGUUUUUCACACGAAAUUCUUGUGCUGAUGCUAUUCGCUUAUUUUGUGACAGAAUCGGUUUGAGUGCAAUUUGUAAAAGUGUAAAAUUAGAGAAAGAGAGGCCAGUGAUUCUUGUUUCUCCAAAUGAACACAAAGAAAACAUACAAGCAUGGAAAGAAACAGGUUCAGAAUUGUUCUCGUUGCUAACGACAAGCAUGGAAAUUUCGUAA